AUGAGGUUUAACGAUCUCUUUGGCCAUGUUAUGGAGCCACAAGAGAAGAAGGAAGGCAAAGAUACGUUGGAGGGUUCCAACUGGACAGCCACUACCAAGAACUAUCAGCGAGACACGAAAGGGCCAUCCGGAUCCGAACUUUCAGGUCGUCCGAGUGCUCAUCACCCAGACUUUCCGUCACAGUGGAGGAAUGGCUUUGAUCCCAUUUUACCAUCUCUGCAAAGCACCCCUUUGCGAUGGCUAGAACGAAAAUUCCCUCGGAAGAGGCAGAAGGUCUUGCUAUUUCUCGGCCUGAGCUUGGGAUGGUACUUGGCAUUUGCCAUCCUUUCAGACACAAGCAUUGCUCCGGUCAAGGUAGAUAAUAUGUAUCUACCCGUGAAGCAGCUCCAAUGCACAGAUUCGUUCUGGAUGCCCAACUAUGGCUGCGGCCUCAACGGCGAGAACUGUCCAGUCCCUCCAGAGGAGCCAGUGGCCUUUCACUGCCCAGCAAACUGUGCAGCUAUCAAGGUCCAGGAGAAACCUCACCUGGUUGGUCCUCUGAGCAUAGUCGAUCAGCCACUGGUCAUUGGAGGGCCCAUCUACCGCGCGGAUUCCUGGAUUUGCGCAUCAGCCGUGCAUGCGGACUUGCUAGACGGCUCGAGGGGUGGUUGCGGCCUGUUGACACGUCUGGGUCAAACAAAUUCGUAUACGGCGUCGAAAUUCAACGGUAUCUCUUCCAUCGGCGUGAGGACCUAUUUUCCUCAAUCAUACAGAUUCAAGAUCGAGUCAGGUUUCGAUUGCCAUGUUAGUGACCAAAGAUGGUUAUUGCCUUACGUAUCUAUUGCGUUCACGGCUGUAGUCUUCUUGUUUAGUUCAUCGCCGCUCCUUUCAUUUUGGACGGCAGUUGGCAUCGGGUUUGUGCAGGUCCGGUCCCUCUCAACUACCUCAGUGGAGGUCGGAGGACUGUCUGUCAUCGACGAGGUCAGCUAUAUGCAAAAUCUUGUUGUGGCGGCAAGAUACAUACCAGCCAUUCUCUGCCUGGCCAUGGUCUACACACGUUCUGUGAAAAGGGCACUCGACAAGCUGUCAGCACAGCUGGAAAAGACAGCUUUCUGGCUCGGUGCGUGUUGGUUGGGCUUGUUUCAGGGUUACACUCUUUUCGAUUCUCGCUUGACCAUACCGUGUCUAGCCGUACUCAUCAUCCUUCACCAGUGGUAUGAUCUGCACAGGAAGAAUUCGUACAUCUAUUUCCGGCUCUAUGCAAUGUUCUCUGGCUUGGUCGUCCUCUCCUUCUUCGUGGACGCCGUACCGACAAACAUGCUGAUUCUAGCCCUGCUGGUGUUGCCUGGCUCGGCUAUGCAGUCGCGAUCGAAUCUUGUGUAUCAAGGUCUACUCGUUGGACUCCUGGUGUCUGGUCUCGUGAAGAAUAUGGAUCUCCAGCCUUGGGCGAGUCACGUCGGGGAGUCCGUAUCGGUGGCGCCGGACAACACAGCUGCCUUGAUCCCCCCUCCGCCCGCGGUCCACGAGCCCCAGAUUAACAUUGCCGACUCGUUUGCCAACAUUACCUUUACCUGGGUCACGCCGGUGCCUGAACACGUGGACGGUAUCAGCAUGCUCAUCAAUGACGUCGAGAGAGGAAGGAUUUAUUUCGGGGCGGCUGGCGCUGAUAACAGGUUAGUGUGGAUACGCGGACCGCAGGCGGUGGCAGAUUAUUUCAGGUUUGCCUGGGUCAGGCACAAUAAGCUGCCGAGGUACGGUGAUGUAGGAGUGUGGAAGGUUAAUGGUGAAUGGACUGGUCUCGGUGGUGAUGGAAAGUAA